UUUGCCAUGUAUAGCGGUGGCAACGAAACCAAUACAACUGCGCCAGAAAUAUCGGUAAACAUUUCUACAACUGCUAUAAACUGUCGAUACUGGGAUAAAACAGUUGGACAAUGGCUUCCUGAUGGAUGUAAGGUAUCACCUUUAUCAUCUGGUGAGAGUUUAGAGUGUGGUUGUGAUCAUCUAACUGAUUUUGCAGGAGGGAUUUUCGUUAUACCUAAUUUCAUUGACCCGAUAGCUGAUAUUUUGCUUUUUCUUACCUUUUUCGACAAUCCAGUUAUUGUUUGUACAGUGAUUUUGAUUUGGAUGGUAUAUUUUGUUGGUCUUUAUUGGGCGAGACAAGCAGAUCGUAGAGACUCAGCAGUGAGAGGGAUCGUUACUCCUUUUCCGAGUGACCCUUCGGAUCCUUUCAAGUAUAUCAUGUGUGUUGUGACAGGAUGGCGAAUGAAAGCAGGAACCACAUCAAAUAUAUCAUGUUACAUCAAAGGCGACAAGAGACAAAGCUCGAGGCAUUGCUUAUCAAAGUCCUCAUCUGGUCAGGUUUUGUUUCAAACUGGUGCAGAAGAUUGGUUUUUAAUGACCUCUUCAGUUGAUCUCGGCGUCCUGGAAAACGUAGUCAUAUGGCAUGACAACAGUGGCUCAUCGCCGUCAUGGUUUUUGUCGAGAAUAAUAAUAGAAGAUAUCCAGAUGAAGAAGAUAUAUAAUUUCUACUGUGAAAAUUGGCUUGGUGUGGAGAGUGAAUCUACUAAAUUUCGUUUGACAAACAAAUCUACUGAAGAGCUAAAAACAAACUUAAGACACCAGUUUGUUUUGAAAACGGGUCAAGAGUUACGCAGAGGCCAUUUAUGGUUAAGCAUAUUAUCUAAACCGCCAAACAGUGAUUUUACGAGGGUCCAAAGGUUAUCCUGUGCCUUAUCUUUACUGUUAUGUACAAUGUUGACUUGUUUGAUGUUUCAUGGAAUACCUACUGAAGACUCGGUCAAAUCUGAGGUUGUUGGUUUUCAGUUUUCAAUUUCUUUGAAAGACAUAGUAAUUGGUAUUGAAAGUAGUAUAUUCAUGUUCCCUAUUAACUUUAUUAUUAUUGAACUUUUUAUGCGAACUAAGCCAAGAACUUCUAAAAGUGAUCGCUAUGCUGCAGUUCAAAGAGAUGGUAAUAGUGGUAAUGACAACUUGCUAGAGAAUACAAAGACCGAAACUAUUGCUGUUAACAGAAAUAUGUUGCCGUGGUGGGUUAUAUACAUAGCUUGGACAACAGUGUCGUUAACAUCCCUUACUACAUCCUUUUUUGUUAUGCUGUAUGGUUUGAAAUAUGGUUAUUACGAGAGCUUGGAAUGGCUUGUAUCGUUUAUCACAGCAUUUGUAGAUGAUGUAGUAAUUUUAGAACCAUUGACCAUUGUAAUUUUUGCCGUAAUUAUUACUUUUAUACUAAAGAGACCAGUGAGGAUUGGGGAUGCUCCACCACAGAUUGUGCAAGGAAGUGAAGACUCUAUAGACGAUCAGUACACAUCAAAAAGAACACAAAAACAGAACAGCAUACCCGAUCACGUUCCUAAAAAGUAUCUUCAGCAAAGGAAACAGGAAAGUGAAUUGACAGCGACACUGCAAACAAAAACCCAGGACAUCAUUCUAUUUCUCAUAUUCAUUACUGUUAUGUUAUUGGUUGUCCACAAUCAUCGACCUGUCGAGCAAUGUUUUCAGCAGUCACAAACUGUCAACAAUAUGUUCAUCAAGAAGAAAUUUGACUUUGUUAAAACGCACAGUGACAUGUGGAACUUUAUCACUAAAAGUGUAGUCACGCCAUUAAACAAAACUUUACCAUUUGACAAGUCAAAGAAGAAUCCAGAAAAUGAUUUCCUACUGUUAGGAACAUUGCGUCUACGCCAGAUAAGAGUUGAAAAAAGUAGCUGCGAGUUUCCCGAUAUUAUAAAAAAUGUCUACACCCUGGAAUGCACUUCUCCAUUAGGUUACAUAAAUGAUGAUACAGCUAGUUACAAUAAAUCCUGGCAGACACCGAUACACACCUCACAUGACGAAUGGGCAUACCAUAGUGCCUGGGACUUGACAUCUGUACCAUAUAUAGGCACUCGGGCAGUAUACGGAGGCGGUGGUUAUGUGGUCGAGAUGAAACCAAAUCCUUCUGCUGAUUCGAAGAUAUCAGAGCUGAUAUCGAAGUUAUGGAUUGAUGAAAGAACAAGAGCUUUGUUUGUUGAAUUUACGUUGUACAAUCCAAAUCUAAACUUGUACAGUUCAGUAACGAUUGUGUUUGAAUUUAGCAGUCCAGGUGGAAUAACAACAUCAUUUCUAACAUUUACAACACCAUUGUCAGAUUAUUCAUCAGACAAAGAAAUUAUAAAACUUUUGUUUGAGAUAAUAUUUUUUCUAUUUACAUUUUUUCUGUCUUAUAUUGAAGUCAAAAGGAUUAGACAAAUGGGUUUUAAACUGUAUGUAAAAGGAUUUUGGAAUCAAGUUUCAAUGAUUGUUGUAUUCCUUUGCAUUAUUGGCAUAUCAAUAUUUAUUGAGCGGUAUUUGAUAAUUUCACAAAUCAUGCAUCAAUACAGAGAAGGUCAUGGAAAAACGUUUGUCAAUUUUAAUCUGGCUAUUUUAUGGGAUAAUAUUUUUAUAUACAUCAUGGCUUUGUUAACAGUAUUUGCUUUUUUAAAAUUUGUAAAACUUCUAAUGAUGAACAGGAAGUUACAUUAUUUGUAUUCAAUGGUUGAAUAUGCAAAAGUGCCUUUAAAGUAUUUUGCGUUUAUGUUCACAAUAUCAUUGAUUGCAUUUGCAAGUUUUGGAAAUCUGUUGUUAGGGACCGUAAUGUCAGGUUACAAGUCAUUUGGAGAUAGUUUUAUGACUCUGGUAGAAUGUACAUGUAAAAUAAAUAAUUAUAAUCAAUAUAUUGACCUUCAGCCUGUCAUAGGUCCAAUAUUUAUACUUCUGUAUAUAUUUGUGUUUUUCUUUUGUUUCAUGAAAAUGUUCACUGCUAUUGUGUUAAAUGCUAUGAAAAUAUUGAAACAGAAAGGGGUAAAACAUGAUGAAGACACAGCAAUGUUGAUGAACUAUGUAAUUGAUAAUGUAAAACGAAUGUUACGAUGACAUGUUCUGCAUGUUAAAAUAAUUUCAAAAACGUUUGACUAUAUUAAGAGUAUAAAACGAAUAUUUUAAUGAUAUGUUCUGCAUGUGAACACACUUCAAUAUUAUUUGAUGAUUUUGUUGUCAGUAUGUCAGAAUGUCUUUUGCAUCCUAAAGUAUUUGUUCAGAGUAAAUAAUCAAUUUAAGGAUGAUUAUUUUUUUGUAUUUGCUUCUUAAGCAUUUUGAACAUAGGAAUCAAUGGUUGGUGUAUAUUUUAUUAUUAAGAAAGUAUUGGAAAUCAGACUUGUAUUACAAUUAGUAUAGUCAAAUGAUAAAAUGUGUGUGAAUAAUGAUAUCAUAAUAAUGAAAAUGGAAGAUAUAUGUAGCAAUGUUUGCUCAACAAUUUCACUAAAUCAGGAGGAAAAUGGAAAAAAAAUGCAAAUGAAUGUUACAACAAUAUAUUUUAAUUUAAUCAAUGUUCGUUUAUAAUGGCCGAUUCUGGUUAAAUUUUAUUAACCAAUAUUAGUGGCAAGUUGACAAUUUGUUACAAGUGCUUUACAUAUUAGAAUAAAAACUUAUCAAACAUACAAGGCUUAUAGUUUGUACGUCACACACUGAUGUAAUGUUUGUAACACCGGUCUUCUAGGCAGAGUAAUAGUUAGGCGCCCCCAAAGAUGUAUAACCCCACGGCAUUCUGUAUAUAUAUAUAUGCAUGUCCCAAGUUAGGAACCUGUUAUUCAGUAGUUGUCAAUUGUUGCUGUUUAUCAUAUUAUUUGCUUUUUGUUUAUAGGUUCGACAAUACA